GAGAAUCAAUUAUCAUUUCAUUAUGAAGUAUCCAGUUCCUCUACUGAUACUACUAGUCACUAUUGUUCACAGCAGUUCUGCUAAAUGUAUUGAGGAUGAACUUCCAAUAACAUUCAUUAAUUCAACUGCUAAUGCUCCAUUAUAUUGUCCAAUAGCUCGUGAUUGCAAGGGAUGGCUGGCAGCAGGUGUUAAUAAAAGUGGAAUAUAUCCUGUCAAACCAGACAAUGGAACCGGUUUUCAAGUAUACUGUGAUAUGGAGACUGAUGGUGGUGGAUGGACUGUAUUUCAGAGAAGAGUUGAUGAUAGUGUUGAUUUCUAUCGUAACUGG